GAUCAGCUAGAAGAGGCGAACCGGGCGUUCGGCUGCGGGUCUCGCUUUCCGGCACUGCCGGCCUUGUUUGAAUUUCGCCGGGUCUUCCGGGCAUCUCUGGGACAGCUGCCAGAACCUGGGCCAGCUUGGAAGAUGGCGAUGCUGGAAGCCAAGGCAACCCAGGUCCACCUGUACGACCCUUACAACGACGACUACUAUCAGACGGUGCCCCUGGAUUCUCACCAGGCGAUGUACGUCAGCUCCGAUUACUACGGCAACCAGUUUGGAGCACCCGGAAUGACCCACGUGAUCAUCCGCGAAGACCCGUACCGUGUGUCCGGAGACCAGAUGGCCUUGGGCUUGCUGGCGGGAGCCGCCACCGGCGCCGCGCUGGGGUCCUUCAUGUGGAUGCCGUGUUGGUUCUGAGACUCGCCCGUCCGUGUCCCGUGUCCGCGGCCAGCUGCUUGACUGAGAGGCCUCCGCCAUUUCCACAGGGGGUCGGAGAGGAUCUGCUCUGUAUUGUAGACUCUUGUAAGAACCCCUUUUCGCGCACGCGCACACGGCCCCGCUCCAUGGCUACUCUCGCAUCCCCUCCUUGGCAUCUCCUGACUAUGC